AGGGGGAGGAGGAGGUGUCGCCGUAGUCUCUAAGGCGUCGUUUUCAAUGCCUUAGCUCUGUACAUCACAGUGUUUUUGUUCGUGUGGAUGGCGUGGUGGACUUCUAUGACAGUGUGAGGUGCCUGGCUGGUCAACUGAGCAACUUAGAAGCCCUGCUUGAUGCAAACUGUUGGUUUGUGGAUGUCAUGGCGGGAUGAAUAGCCCCCUUGGUUCGCGUUACGCUGUCCAAACCGCGUGCGCGCGCUCAUCAAUUCCGCGGUAGUCACGGUAUUACUUCGCGAGGAGAAGCGAUGAUGGAGAACAAAUUUGGGACACAGUGGAAGCUCAGGUUCUACGCGUUAGUCGUUGGGCUACUAAUAGUAUCCAAUAUGACGACAUUCAUGUUCACUACUAGAGUUUUAGUCGGUAAGUAAACCAGUGUCUGUGUACUUAGCUAUUAGUACAAAAUUACAUGCAUGUAUGUAGCUAGACAGAAAGUGUCAAAACUCUUACCUCACGCAGGCCAAUGCUGAGAAAAAUAUUUAUAUUUAAUGCUGUCCACAGUGAACCAGGGUUGACAUGUUUGUUUGCUACAAGAGCAGUGCAUACCCUUUCUUCUUGACUUUUUUACCCUUAGAGAAAUGGCCUACUUCUUCAAUCACUAACUCAUUGCACAGGACAAAAACAAACUUAAAGUUCACUGGUACUGUGCUUAUAGUAUCGGUCCCAGACCCCGUCUAAAAGGGAGUGAGUGUGGUAACAUUGCUAUAAUGGACACUAACAUAAUUCUGUUUACAGUCAGUAGCUAGCUACUGCUGCAAGAACUGGGAAGUAGGUGUACUCACAAGUAAUUCAAGUGAAACUGUGGUCUGUCAGCCACUUCAUAAUUCGGCACAAGGCACUAUUAUUUAUCUCCCCUUAGGAAGAGUGUGGGCACGAAACUACUGCAUUUUAGGACGUGUUUAUUUGCAGAUUGCAGAAAUUUUUUUAAAAGCAUUGCAGACACUUUCUUAUGGACUCUUAUAGUGGAAAAGGCCUCCCUUUACAUUCACUGACUGCACUGCACAGGUCUAACACCGUGCUAGCACUACACUUUGACCUAGGAUGAUAACUUGAUAAGCAAUAAUUUUCAUUUUUAACCACUUAGGCUCUCCCUCGUUAAUCAAACUCCCAUGGGUGCUCCACAUUAGAGUACAGACCCCUUCUCUCUCAUGCACACACCACGUAAUAUUGUAUGAAGGGUCUGGGUAUAAUUAUACUUGACUACAUGCCUGAGAGACUAGACCCUGAUGUGGUCAUUACUGACAGUUUCACUGUAUAUAUAGAGGUUGGUAGCUUAGGUAAGAGUUAUGUGGGUUCUGAUUGGGUAGGAAACAAUUGAAGUGUGAAAACACUACAGGAUUGGGUGGGUUUUAACAGUGUAGAAUUUCUGCAGCUCAGCAUCCAAAUGGCCUUCACCAUCUCACUGGUUCUCUCAAUGAUGACCAAAAUGUGACGAAAGUGCUGGAGGAAACAACUGCCAUCCCAGACACGAAGACGAUAUUUGUCAUCACGCCAACUCACUCUUGCGUCACUCAGAAAAUUGAUCUCAAUAGCAUGUGCCACACCCUCAUGAGUGUCCAAAAAGUAAUAUGGAUAAUAAUUGAAGAUUCUCAGAAACCAACCGACCUAGUAACAAAACUGAUUCAAAGGUGCAAUGUCGAGAUAGUACACCUUGCGAUCCCUACGAGCUCUGACUACAGGGCGGAAAAGGGUAAACCUGCACAUUCAAAGUCUCGCGGAGUGGAGCAAAGGAAUGCUGGUCUAAACUGGCUGAGAGAAAACUACAGUUCGCACAACUGCAGCGGAGUAUUCUACUUCGGCGAUGACGACAAUAAGUACGAUUUGAGACUAUUUGAAGAUAUUCAUAAUACUCAAAUUGCGUCGGUGUGGAAAGUGGCGUGGGUAGGAGGACUCAAGUGGGAGGGGCCCACCUGCCAAAAUGGCCGAGCCACAUCCUGGCACUCUGUCUUUGAAACCGAGUUAAGAGAGUUUCCGUUGGACAUGGCAGGAUUUGCAGUCCACCUGUGCCAGCUGAUGAAGCACCCCGAGGCCAGAAUUGGCGUUAAUAUUCACGGGGACAGGUCCAAGGGUGGUCACCUGGAGACCGAUUUCCUCCAGCACUUUGCAAACAAAUCCAGUGUUGAAUGCCGCGGCUCAGAAAGUGAGACUUAUGUGUGGCACUCCAAAACAUCUUCUCCAAGCCUGUAUGGCGAAAAGAACGGUCACUCAAGCAAGUCCGUCGAAACAAGAUGACCAAAAAAAACAGUUUGUUUUGUUGUUAUUAUAGUAUUCUCAGCGCCAUCUGAACACAAUACAAUCUAAACAACCAAUAUGCACCGCACAACUUUUUUUGUGAGGAAUGUCUCAUGAAACUUCAGUGUGUUGUCAUAAUACAGUCGAGGACAGACAGAAAGCCUGUCCCGAUUGAUGCUAAACUAAAACACCUCUAACGUGGAGAAAAAACAACUGUCUCCAAGUGAUAAACGACCGUAGAAACAUUACAGACGAAUUGCUCACUGUGAAAUCAAUAUCACGGGGCCACACAUAGCAUGCAGAUUGAGUGAUGUCAAAUGACUUCAUACACUGAGGAUACUCAUCUCUCUGCUUCAACCCAUUUACUAUUUUGAUAAUGUAACUUCUUCAAUGAUGAAAACCACUAAGUGCACAC